AUGGCCAAAUCAAAGUCCAAGACAGAGGCCUCAUCCGAGACCGACACCGCCCCCACAGAACCCGCUGCCCGUCCCGUGAGCACCUGCGGCAGCGAGCAUCUUCUUAUGACAACGCGUCGCCAAGCAUCAGAGCAAUACGCCAAAGCAGCCAAAGCCGAAAAGGCCUACCGCACGAAGAAGCGCGCUGCUCUCGCCCGCGCCAACUACAACGAGACGAAGACACACUUCAAAGAAGCAUUCUCGCACCUCUGGCUUGCACUAAAGGGCGUGUUUCCGGCGAUUAAGAACUCAAGAUAUCUUCUUGGUGAGAGGCGCGAUAAGAGGAGGCAGUGGGCUGAGAAGAAGAAGCGGGAGAGGAACCUGGAGAGGAAGAAGAAGCUUGAGGAGCAGUUAGCGAGGGAAGAGGCGGAGGCGGAGGCUGAUGGGGGAAAGGAAGAAGAUAAGGCGAAGGAAUAG